UCUAUUCUCGCAGUUAUUCCAGUUAUUCUUUGUGUGCUUGCGUUAGAGUGCUUGCGUGUGUUAGGAAGCCAUGGAUUCCAUCGCACCAUCUGCAGCCGUCAUUCAAAGUUUUAUAGAACUGAUGGACUCUGACAGUGAAGACGAAGAGUUCGACGAUGUCGUCGCAAUUGUUGCGCUCAGACUGACUAGGUUGAACCGCAACAGAAUCCCUAGGUACUGCGAAGAAGUUGUGAGUCGGUACUUCGAUUUUGAAUUUAAGAGGCUUUUCCGCCUAUCGCGUGAGACAUUUGAUAGGCUCGUCGCAGGGUACAUGGCGUCCCCAUUUUUUCCGUACGCGACAAGAGGGCGACCAAGGGUCAGUGCUGAAAAGACGUGCUUGGUGCUUUUGUGCUACUUGGGUGGACAGUGCAGCAUGUACUCCUUGGCCGACCGCUUCGACAUUGCCGUGUCGACCGUACACAGUUGUGUCGAGAGAAUGUUGGGUUUUCUGAACAGCGUGAGUGCUGAAGUGAUUGCGUGGCCCGACAGACAGGAGCAGGAACGCAGCAAAGCCGGCUUCCUAGCGAAAAGCGACGGCAAGGGGCCUCAAAACGCCAUAGGGUGCAUAGACGGCUGCCAUGUGGAAAUUAACAAGCCGACGGAGUCUCCUAACUCCUACUACAAUAGGAAAAAAUUUCCCUCAAUCGUCCUACAGGGCAUUGCCAAUGAUAGAAACAAGUUCUUAGACGUUUUCAUUGGCUUCCCUGGCUCGGCGCACGACGCCAGAAUUCUUUCCGAAAGCCCAUUUUUUGGAGACGCUGCGACGAAGUGCAUCAGUGGUUAUCUUCUCGGAGAUUCUGCUUACCCGCUGUUGCCGUGGCUACUGACGCCUUAUCGUGACAAUGGGCAAACUUUCCCUUUGUGGAAGAAAAAGUUCAACAAAGUGCACUCGCAGCAAAGAGUUGCGAUUGAAAAUGCCUUUGGAUUGUUAAAACAGCGCUUUAGACGGCUGUAUUUUGUUGAUGCUGCCAGCAUUAAGCAAUGUGUCCUGAUCGUCAUGGGAGCAUGUGUACUGCACAAUCUGUGCAAUGAAGAGAGGGACUUCUUUGAUGAACUACAGCACCUGCCUCAGCAAGAUGAUGACGACGACAGUGAUGAGAACACCGACAUAUUCGUUGACCGUCAUGUGGCAGGCUUCAGCGAGAGCCUGCGAAAGGAUAUCGCACAGAACCAGUGCUGAUAUUGUGAACACUCGUGUGCUCACAUUAAGUACAUUUUGUUGUGAGCAUGUGUGCAUAGUGUCAGCAGCUUCGAUGAACAGUGUGAACACUGUUAAAACAGUAUUUGAUAAGGAUGUAACAGUUGGAACAUCUGUUAACAUCUAAUUCUUUUUUUAUAUAUAUCAAUAGAACUUGAACCAUGUUGCCUUGUUUCUUAAGUGAAUUAUUCUUUUACAAAUAUUAUUACUGUUGUUAGAACUGGUGUGCAUGUGGGAAAAACUAUUCUCAACAUAAUCACUGUUGCAAUCAAUCACUGAUGCAAUGACAUUUCCUAAUUGUUAGUGCAUGUUAGGUGCUAUGCCUGAUUGAACAUAACGCAGAAAACCUUCGUUCGUAAACUCAUGUUGUGAGUAGCCGUGAUUGUGCUAAUACAUUUGUUAAGUGCACAUUUCAUAUGUGCAGGGACCUGAUAAUUGCUAUUACACUUACAAUAUCAAUAGCUGAUAUGAACUUCUGUUAUGGGUUAUACAGCAAAAGCUCGAUAAUUUGUAUUUGGUUAAUUCGAACUGACACCCUGGUCCAGGCACAGCCCUGUGUAUUUUUGUGGGGAAAACUUCCAAUAAUUCAAACGCGCUGGUAUCCGAAACGGUCAAUUCGAAAUGGGAGCCCCUGGUUUUCAUUUCUCCUCGCAGAAGUCGACCCAGGGUGAUCUCAAUGUGCUGCAAAACCAAACCAAACUUACUAGAGAUGCAAAACAAUGAAACAUUUCUCAGCCGAUGAGGAUUCGGACGCUGUGCUGGAGCACUUGGACAAGCUUAGGAGUCGCGACAGAACGAACGCAAGCAAAUGCAA